AUGUCUUGGAAGAAACAUCUUUAUGCAGAUGUUUCUCAGCUAGCUGCUACUGUAGUUGGUAGACUGCUUCCAAAUGUGAGUACACAGCUAUCAAGUCUCAGUUAUACUCAGUUUGAACAAGCUUCUUUCUAUUCUGUUAUAAAUUGUGAUGACACCUCUUCAGAAUCAAGUCAACAAGGAUUAACAAACGCAGCAUUAAUGGGAGUUUCUUCUAGUACAUGGGAUUCUAAGUCAAAAAAGCCAUGCAACUGUACAAAAUCACAGUGCUUAAAACUUUAUUGUGACUGCUUUGCAACUGGGGAAUUUUGCAGUAAUUGUAACUGUAACAACUGCUACAACAAUGUUCUUCAUGAAACAGAAAGACUUAAAGCAAUUAAGGCUUGCCUAGAUAGAAAUCCAGAAGCUUUUCAGCCUAAAAUUGGAAAGGGACGAAUUGGUGAUAUAAAACCUAGACACAGCAAGGGCUGCAACUGCAAAAGGUCUGGCUGUUUAAAAAAUUACUGUGAGUGUUAUGAGGCUAAAAUUAUGUGCUCCUCUAUUUGCAAGUGUAUUGGUUGUAAAAAUUAUGAAGAAAGCCCAGAAAGAACAUUAAUGUGUAUGUCCGGUUACAAUGAAAUAGAAGGCAAUGAACCAGGAAUUCAAAGAACCCAACAAUCUGAACCCACAUCAAGCCUUCAGGAGCCAAUGUUUACUGCAGACAGAUUAUCAUUUAUGUGCAUAACCAUGGAAGUAGUACAAGCAACCACUGCUUGUUUAAUAGCACAAGCUGAAGAGACAGAAAAGGAAGAUUAUUCAGAUGCAACAGCAGAACAGAUGGUUAUAGAAGAAUUUGGACAAUGUCUAUCUCAGAUUCUUCAUUCUGUUUUCCAAGUUAGAGAUCUGAAUGUGUAAUAUUGCA